AUGGACUGUUUGAGAGAAAUAGAAGGAAAACAAGCUCAUGAUCCUAUAUUCAUUGAGAAGAUGAAUAAGUCGUCGUCGUACUCGUCCUCACGUUGCUUAUGCGUUCCAGGGCCACUUAUCGUUGGUGCAGGGCCUUCGGGUCUAGCCACAGCCGCUUGUCUGAAAGAGAAAGGUGUCCCAAGUGUAGUACUAGAGAGAUCUAACUGCAUAGCACCUUUGUGGCAACUCAAGACCUAUGAUCGGCUACGCCUUCACUUGCCAAAGCAAUUUUGCGAACUUCCACUGAUGGGUUUCCCGAGUGAUUGCCCUACUUACCCUAAUAAACAACAAUUCGUGGACUACUUGGAAGCAUAUGCUAGGAAGUUUCAUAUUAAGCCACGGUUCAAUGAGACGGUUUCACAAGCUGAGUACGAUGCCACGCUCGGGUUUUGGCGCGUGAGAAGUGUAGGGUUAAAGGGGAAGGCGAUGGAAUAUGUGUGCCGGUGGCUGGUGGUGGCGACAGGAGAGAAUGCGGAGGCGGUGGUGCCGGAGAUUGAAGGAAUAGGAGAAUUUGGUGGGGACAUUAGGCAUACAAGUUUAUAUAAAAGUGGAGAAGAGUUCAGAGGAAAAAGGGUGUUGGUGGUGGGGUGUGGGAAUUCAGGGAUGGAGGUGUGUUUGGAUCUAUGCAAUCAUAAUGCUAGGCCUUCACUUGUGGUCAGAGAUACAGUGCAUGUCCUUCCACGAGAGAUGCUGGGAAGAUCAACUUUCGGGUUGUCCAUGUGGCUGCUUAAGUGGCUGCCUUUGAGGCUUGUCGACCGCUUCUUGCUGAUUGUAUCCUGGUUGAUGCUCGGUGAUACUGCUCGCUUUGGAUUGGACCGACCGUGGUUGGGUCCCCUUGAACUCAAGAAUCUGUCUGGAAAGACCCCCGUCUUGGAUGUUGGCACGCUUGCCAAAAUCAAAAGUGGAGACAUCAAGGUAUUUGCCUUUCGUCAAUGAAAUCACAUCACUUUUCCAUUAGCAACUAACGAACUAAUGUAUGAUUGAUCCUAUAGUACUGUGUUUCAACAAUCCUACGACAUGCUUUUUUUCUUUUUGCCACAAGCUCGUUGUUUCGCAAUAAUUCCCCUCCAUUUUGAUCUUUUCAUACAUUCCAAAAAUUG